UCCGUCCCAAAGCCUCACUCACUCUCACAACCACUGAAACUUUGUGCGCUACGACGUGACUGCCUCGCCUCCUACAGCACCACCUUCGGGCAACGCUGUCUUCAAACUCACCUCUGGGAAGGAGCUCAGCUACUGUUGGAGCUAUUGGUUGUUGUGGGAGUUGGGGCUGGGGCUGGUGGAGAACAUCAUUUGCACAAGAGCUCUUCUUGGCCCCAUCUGCUCUCCAGCACCCACGAACACAUCCUGCCCUACAUCUUCCUACAUUCGUCUGCGCCUGGGAUGCGCAGUCAUCCCUGUGCUGUGUCUGGUGGCUAUUUCCAUAGGUUCGGGAUGGUCGCCUGUGGCCGAUCGCCGCUGGCCACGGCGCUCCGGCUGGCGCUGUUCCUCGGCACUGCCACGGCGCUGCUGGCACUCAACCCCGAGGACCCCAACGUGUGCAGCCACUGGGAGAGCUACGCGGUGACUGUGCAGGAGUCUUACGCGCACCCCUUCGACCAGGUGUACUACACCAGCUGCUCCGACAUCCUCAACUGGUUCAAAUGCACGCGGCACAGGAUCAGCUACCGCACCGCGUACCGGCGCGGGGCUCGCACCAUGUACCGCCGCAAAUCCCAGUGCUGCCCCGGGUUCUACGAAAACGCCGAUGCUUGCCUGCCUGAAUGCACAUCCCAAUGUGUCCAUGGAAGAUGCGUCGCUCCUGACACGUGUCAGUGUGAACCUGGCUGGGGUGGGACAGAUUGCUCUAGCGGCUGCGACAUCGAGCACUGGGGUCCCCACUGCAGCAACCGCUGCCAGUGCCGCAAUGGGGCGCGCUGCAACCCCAUCACCGGCGCCUGCGUGUGCGCCGCCGGCUUCCAGGGCUGGCGCUGCGAGGAGUCGUGCCCCACCACCACCUACGGCUUGGGCUGCCAGCUGCGGUGUCAGUGCCAGAACGGUGCCACGUGUGACCACGUGACGGGCGAGUGCCACUGCCCGCCCGGCUUCACCGGUGCAUUCUGUGAGGAGGUUUGUCCUCCCGGGAGCCACGGAGCCCAGUGCGAGCUGCGAUGUCCGUGUCAGAACGGAGGCGUGUGUCACCACGUAACGGGAGAGUGCUCCUGCCCAGCGGGCUGGAUGGGGUUUGUGUGUGGUCAGCCCUGUCCACCCAGCAAAUACGGUAUAAAUUGCUCUCAAGAGUGCCAGUGCCACAAUGGAGGGCAGUGCGACCACAUUUCUGGACAAUGCAACUGCGCAGCAGGAUUCACCGGAGACAGGUGCCAGGAAGAAUGCCCCAUCGGCCGCUACGGGCUGGGCUGCGGCAAGCGCUGCGACUGCGCGAAUGGCGCCAAGUGCUACCACGUGAGCGGCGAGUGCCUGUGCGAGGCGGGUUUCACCGGCACGCGCUGCCAGGACCGCGUGUGCCACGACGGCUUCUACGGCAUCGCCUGCAACGAGAUGUGCCCCUGCCACUCGGCCAACACGCUUAGCUGCCACCCCAUGUCAGGGGAGUGCACAUGCAGGCUGGGCUGGGCCGGCCUCUACUGCAACGAGACCUGCUCGCCUGGCUUCUACGGGGAGGCCUGCGCCCAGGUGUGCUCCUGCCAGAAUGGGGCCGACUGCCAGCACGUGACAGGCCGCUGCAUGUGUGCGCCCGGAUACAAGGGUGUGGAUUGCUCCCAGCCUUGUGACUCCGGGUCCUAUGGAGCAAAUUGCUCAUCCUCCUGCACCUGCAGGAACAAAGGUGUCUGCUCACCCAUGGAUGGGUCGUGCAUCUGCGGCAGUGGGUGGCAGGGCGUGGACUGCUCCAUCCCGUGCUCCAGCGGGACCUGGGGCCUUGCCUGCAACGCGUCGUGCUCCUGUGCCAACGGCGCGUCGUGCAGCCCACUCACCGGGGAGUGCACCUGCGGUGCGGGCUGGCGUGGCGAACACUGCGACGUGCCGUGCCCUGACGGGACGUUCGGACUCGGCUGUCAGGAGCGCUGUGACUGCAGCCACGCAGAUGGCUGCGACGCGGAGAGCGGCACCUGCCGCUGCCUGGCCGGCUGGACAGGCCUGCACUGCGACAACGUCUGCCCGGAGGGGCGCUGGGGGCCAAACUGCUCGCUGUCAUGCAACUGCAACAACGGCGCUUCCUGCUCUCCUGAUGACGGCACGUGCGAGUGCGCGUUUGGCUACCGGGGAACCACAUGCCAGAGAAUCUGCUCGCCAGGGUUUUACGGAGCUCGCUGUAGCCAGGCUUGCCCACAGUGCGUGCACAGCAACGGGCCCUGCCACCACAUCUCGGGCCAGUGCGACUGCCUGCCGGGGUUCCACGGCUCGCUCUGCAACCAGGUGUGUCCAAGCAAGCGCUACGGGAAGAACUGUUUUGGGACCUGUUCGUGCACCAACAACGGCACGUGCAACCCCAUCGACGGCUCGUGCCAGUGCUACCCGGGCUGGAUUGGCAGCGACUGCUCGCAGUCCUGUCCUCCGGGCCACUGGGGGCCGAACUGCAUCCACACGUGCAACUGCCACAACGGGGCGGCGUGCAGCGCCUACGACGGCGAAUGCAAGUGCAGCCCUGGCUGGACGGGGCUUUACUGCACCCAGCGCUGCCCGCUGAGCUUCUAUGGGAAGGACUGCACCCGGCCGUGCCUGUGCCAGAACGGAGCGGACUGCGAGCACAUCUCGGGCCAGUGCACGUGCCGCACGGGUUUCAUGGGACGCCACUGUCAGACGAAGUGCCUGCCCGGUACGUUCGGCUACGGCUGUCGCCAGCUGUGUGAGUGUCUCAACAACGCCACGUGCGACCACGUGACCGGCGCCUGCUACUGCCACCCGGGCUGGAAGGGCAUUCGCUGUGACCAAGCCGGGCUCAUCAUCAUGGAGAGCUCGAACUCCCUGAGCAAGGCGACGAGUGCGGCCGUGCCUACGGAGGGCCACUACGUGGUGGUGGUCGUGGGCAUCGUGCUGCUCAUCGUGCUGGUGCUGGUCCUCAUCGUCGUCUUCCUCUACCGCCAGCGGCAGCGCAAGGACAAGGGGCACGACGUGCCGGCCGUGUCCUACACGCCCGCGCUGCGCGUCGUCAACGGAGAGCCCCCCACGCUCGCAGUGGACCAGACUGCGCCCAAUGGACACGGACGACAUUACUUCUCAAACCCCAGCUACCACACGCUGUCUCAGAGCAGCAGCCCGCCACCUCUGAUGCCCAACAACUUGAGCAGAGGCGUCAACACCAAGCACUAUGUGGGCUUGAAAAACCACGAGCAGAAGCGCGGUGCAUGCGGGAUCAGCCACACCGCCACACUGCCAGCCGACUGGAAACGCGAGCGCCAUGCCAACGACAUGGGUACGCAUUCGAGUUUGUUUGGAAUGGAAACGAGGUAUGGCCAUGGAAGAUCACUAAAAGACGUGCUGAACGAAGCGGGCUGCAGUGCCAGCAACGCGUCCCUGAACAGCGAGAACCCGUACGCCACCAUCAAGGACCUGCCAGGCACCGAGAGCAACUAUGUGGAGAUGCGUUCGCCGGGGCACAGCGAGCCGGCGGGGGGCGGUGCGGCUCUGUGCGCCCAUGCAGCGUCCGCCAUGGCCAGCAGCAACGUCUAUGAACCUGAGCCCACCAUGACGCUGCCCGGUACAUACGGCAACGUCGGAGCAUUCGGACAGAGCCCGUACGACCUCCCAAGAAACAGCCACAUCCCCGGCCACUACGACCUCCUGCCGGCCCGCCUGAGCCCCUCCUCGUCUCCCUGCUCCUCGCCCGUUCACGCCGAGUCCUCUCCCGAGGACGACGGCGGCGGCGGCGGCGGUGGGGGCGGCAAGUCGUGACUCGUGGCUCCACCGCAACAUGGACCUAGACACGGGUCGGGGGGUCCAGCGGGCCGCUGUGCUGCCGGCGAAAAUUAGAAAAGCGACGGUGCCCCCCCCCCCCCGCCUUUGACUCAAAGUGAGAUGUCAUCGGGCAUGGAGUGCUGAACGAAUGUAAAUUCUCUUAACGUGUUCUUGUUUUUUUCUCGCCCAUACCCCGCCCCCCCCCCUGCCCUGUCCAAGUAUGAACUCUGAAAAAAAAAAUGAAUUUAAAAUAUUCCUGAAAAACUGGAUUGAUCAUUCCCUUUCUUGAAUAUUAAUUGCCAGCAUUACAAAAUAAUAUUUUUCCAAACACGUACAAGUACAUUGUACAAUGUGAGAAGUACGUGAAUGAUGUCCACGUCAAGUAGAGGGGCUGUAUAAGAAUACGUGCUGUGGAAUUUCUUAAAUGAGGAUUUUUUUUGACUCGCUAUCAGAUACAGGCAAGGAGUAUUACGUUCAUUUUGUUUUUAAGUUAUGACAGCUUAUCGAACAAAGUCAACGUAAUGGCGGUUUGAUAAUGUAAAAGUGCAGAGACCUGAAGCUGUUGCACAGGAGAGUAAUUCUCAUGAUAAUUGGGUAAUAAUUCUGGAUGUAGUGAAGUGAGACAGGAAUUGCUGUUCAGCGUAUCGUAGUUGCUACAUAAAACACAAUUACGGACCGUUACAUUUGGGUUUCAGUGAGAAGUAGCACAGUGGGUGGCGCAUGGCCCUAUGAAAACCCUGCCAACCUGAUUUUGUUUUAUUCCCGGCUACGGCUAUCAUCAAUGGAGAAUGAUAUCUGCACUGGUCCCAGAUAAAACUCCCCCGUUCGUAUGUAUGUAUUUUGAACUUCUUUCGUACGGUACAUAGCCAACCAUGCUAAUCGGAGCACUGAACAAUGUGAAGCAUGGUCAAACAACCCCAGAUGACCGACAUGGCGUGGACAGGCCUUCAUCCAGCAGCGGAACGGCAGAGAGUUGUAAAUUGUUAUUAUGAUCUACACUUUUCAAGCUUUAGGAAAAAAUCCAGCAAUCUGUUCACAUGAAUUAAACAGAAAGUCAACACUUAAUCAAAACUCCUUCUGUUCCUCGCCGGUGGAGACAUGCAGCCUCUUCACCGUUAUGAGGAAUAAAGUUAAGUAUAUUUUAGUUUGCGUUUUAGUCAUGUCUAGCAGCAUAUGUCACACGUGACCAGAUCUUUGCACGUAGAGGUUCAUCUUGCAAGGCACAACAAGGUACUUUUGUGAAAGUCAUGUUUUAAAAGGGAUGAUGUGUUCAUGAAGUCCCAGCUCUUGCUAAAGAGAUUCACGCUAAAGUUAAAGCAGCGAAUAAAACCAAGGGAAAAGAAAAUCGGAAGGAUAAAAAGCAAAACAACAAAUAAAGAAAUGAAGGUCUAUAUUUAAUUAGCCAAAGAACUGAGGGUGCCGAGUUUGUUUCUGUGUAGGAACAUCCUUGUAUUAUUACAGUCGCCACAUUUAUUGUACGGAGCUUUGCUUUUAAAGGUUUCCCUACUUAAAGCAUUCUGCUUGCUCUGCAUGUUGGACCAUAUUGUAAUGGGUCGCUUGAAACUAUAGGCUUAACAAAGUGUUACUUUGCCUGACGACUGUAGCAUAUAAACAUUUAAAAGGCGAGGUCAGACCUCCAUCUCUAUAACUCUUUCAAUAUAAGCCAGAAAUCAAAAUUUUCGCGUUUGCAGUGAUCUUUGUAAAUUGUAAAUAUUGUACUGUAAUGAUGAACGUAGACUAUUUUGGAGAAUGGAAACCUUACAUCGCAAACGGAUUGAUACACGGUGCAUGAUGUGUGAUUGUUCCACUUUUCCAAGUUAAUACCCGUAUUUUUUAUGUGUAUGUGGUUUUGUAUUAUGAUUAUCAUGAUUUUUUUUUAAGUUACAUUAGCUUUUGUAUUUUUUACCAUGGCAGUGUGGAUGUGCGCAUGCUACUUCACAUCAUUCCUCAAGCUUCGGUCCCAAUUCUAGUUAUCUGCUUGUAUGAAUUUGCUUCAGAGUUCACAGUGCAUUUUUAGUAUAUCCCCCCCCCCCCCAAAUAUUACAUCUCAUCCUAUAUGGUGGAUGAUUAGCAUUACAGUACAUAUAUAUAUUCAAUAAGAGGCAUAACUUCAUAUUUUUGUAAACACAAUUCCUACACAGUAUUUACCAGCAUUAAGUCAACUAGCUUUGUCAUGAAUUUUGCAUCAUAUCUGUAACGUCCUCAAAACAGAUACUACAUGCCUUGUAAAAAAAGAUACAGCAUUGCAUUAUUGUUUUUUAUUCCAUAUAUAAUUGUAAAAAAAAAGUCUCAGUUGCUGGGUAACUGGAAACGCUAUUUUUUAAUAUUUUUAAGCAUGUCUCGUGUUCUUAUUUUCGCAGUCAUCCGUACGUUUCGUAGAAUAUAACCAAGGAGACCACGGUUUCUAUUGUAGAAGCCAAAUGUUCAUACCCUCACAGACCUCUUCGUUUCAGCACUGGAUCAAUUACUUGCUGCCUGUCCGUAAACCGGCCGGGUGGCUAAGCGGUAGCUGGAGAGCACGUGGCUCGCAGUGCAAAGGUCACCAUUUCAAAUACUGGUCGGAGGUUGACUUGGCCUGUUUAUCCCGCUGUGGUCGAAUAAGUACCACUUUGAGUGGGAAGUCAACAGUGGGUGUCCUCUGGAUAUACUUUGCCCCAUCAUAUUAAUUUGAGAAUUGCCACCACAGGCUCCCUGGGCUGUAAACAGGAGAGGAGUACCGCCUCAAGGCUCAUUUGAGCAAGAAAUCACGAUUUAUUUCGUCUGUGCGCACGACAAAUGCGUACUCACUUCAACUGUGCAGUUGUACGGCAAGGUGAGGCAAAGUGAAAUUUGCCUAAUUUUAACUCCAGAAUGCUGUGCUGGGAGACUAAACAAGUAACUGCCAAUAAAGCACUGUCCAUUUAGGGGAGCAGUUCUUGAGGCUGGCAUGUGGCCACAGGACUGGUGACAUCUAAAUAGUAUACACUUCAUCUUAUUUUGCAAUCUUGUCAACCAGUAAUUGUCUGGAAUAUUCCAGACGGUUAAUCCAGGCAAGGGACAUAGGUGUUUGCUUCUAUGUUAAAUGGGGGGAAUGUCCUCUACAACUGAUGUGCCAUACAGCCGCCAGUCAUUUCAGAUGUAAACAAACUGCUGGCCAUUCAUUAGUGAUUACAUAUACAGUUCCUGAAUAUAACUUGAUGUACUAACACACGCUCAAAGAGCUCGCCAACCAGCCACCUUGAUGAGCUACAUGUAAUUGACCAUUAUUUUCAUUAGUCCUAUUUACGUAAUCUAAAAACUACAGUCCAAUAUCUUAUGGAUGAUACGUGGUAAACUAAAAACUGCAGCACUUGUAUAUCCUGUAAAUUGGGAUCCCAUUGUACGAAUUAGAUAGGAUAUAUGCGACGCAUUGAAGUUAAUUUAAUUGGUAAUGGGGGAGUCCAUCCAGCUAUGGGAUGGGGUUAUUAUAAUCUGCUCCGCUCACAAAGGGGGUUGCAUGCUGCGUCUUGUAAUUGUCUCAGGAAAGCAUUGCAUUCUUAGCAAAUGGAAGCGCCAUCACAUUAAUCCAAUGUUGCGUUGUUUUGGCCUUUUAGUAUUUUCCCCCGGUAGGAUUCAAGAAGCAAAUUUAUUUUUUUAAUGUUUGCACUCAAAUUAUACUUUUUUUAUCCAUGAGAGUGAAGAUUUACUUACUGGAUGCCAGUGACGGUGCAUAGGAAAGCACCUCGCAAAGAGCUGCAGAGUACAUGUGAGGUUUGCGAAACAAUAUUCUUCAACACAGGCAGGUUAUAGCCAUGUAUACAGUAGAUCUAAAGUCCAGAUAAUUUCACAUGAAAGCAUGGCAACUAACACAAACUGAUUAAGACUAACUUAAGGCGAACAUAAACCAUUUAACGUUCUAAAUUACCAGUCAGGAAUUCUUGAACUCCUAUUAUCUAGCCAUGUAUGAUAUAUGUAUUUUAACUUUAUUUGUUGUUAAUUCCACCACAUUUUAUCGGGACCCAAAUUGCUGAGGUUUGGGAGCGUGAUCAAUCGCCUCUUGCCACAUGGAGAAAAUGUUCAUACUCACUGCUUUUCCAUAGCUCUAUAUUUUAGUGCAUUCCACAUGCAAUGUGUGACAACCUUGUACUGAGAGUCAUCACGAAAAAUGUGGCCCACUCAAAUUAGACUUGAGUCGAGAAAUGGAGUUUUAAUAAACUGUAGACUUCACCAUCCGUUAUUUCAGACAUUGGCUUUUAGAAAGUGUUUUUGUUCUGCCGUAAGGAGUAAAAACCAUCGUGCGGUACUUAUUGUUACGUGUACGUUUGAGUACAUGCUAUUGAAAACUGAAAGCUUAGCGCAUCCUCUACCACAUACAUUUGAGUUUUGAAACCAAUGGCUAUGUUUCCAUUGAUAGAUAAGAUUUUAUUAUGAAAUGCCCAGUCAAUUAAAGAGUUUACCGAGUACGUACAGUAUUAAGAACAUAAAAUAGCAAUGCAUCUUACGUGUAGUCAUAUGUAAACAUGGUAGAAUUGAAUAAGUCACCUAGUUUUUAUUUCACAUUCACAGAGAUCCUCUUCAUCCAUUAAGAUCUCGAACUUUUUUCGAGAAAAAAGUUAAAGUUCUCUUGUGUUUGACUGUCCAGGUAUGCAUACACGACCUAUAUUGUAAUUUCUGCUGAAAUAAAAAAUGAGUGUACAAAUAUUCUUGUACAUCAUGAAUGAUCUCAAGCAAGGGUUUUCGGAAUUUCUCUUAUUUUUUUUACUUUUCUUUUUUACGCAUAUGUUGUUAAAAUACAUGUUUGUGUCAAAGUGAUGGAUAACAACACGCUUCCAUACGUUACAUUCAGAAGAAUAUCCAUUCAUGAUUAACUAUGGCUCAUUAGUUUAUUUCAUGCAAUGGCAGCUAAAGAGAAACACGCCGUCAUACGUGCCGAUACAUGUACACGCUUUCAAAUAGGUCAUCCGGAAAUGCCAAGAUGAGUAAUCGCUGACUUGAGAUUACUGUUUUGACCGUACAAUUGCAUUUUGUUAAUAUGUAAUAUAAGCUACAUUAUGUGCCAAUAAAGUUGAUGUAUGCUAAACGUUA